GUAGUCUGGUACUGAAACACUGUUUUCCGGGGUCUGCUCUUCUCUUCUUAAGUCAACACUCUGCAUAUCAUUUCAUAUUUUCAUCUCAUCUCAUCCAGAAAAAAACAGAGCCAUGGCAGAUGUACUCCUCUCCUCUCUCAUACGGACAAUCCUUACAACCUUGACCUCCUCGGCCCUAAAGGAGUUCGGAACAGCUUGGGGCCUCGAAACCGAGCUCAAAAAUCUGGAGAGUACUUUGAGUACAAUCCAGGCAGUGCUUGUAGAUGCAGAGGCCAAGCAAUGGACGAGCGAGGCCGUCAAGAAUUGGCUCCGAAAGCUCAAGGAUUCAGCUUACGAUGCCGACAACGUGUUGGACGAAUUCGCCACCCAAGCCCUCAAACGAAAACUGGAUUCUCAAAUACACCGAGUAAGUGCCUUUUUCUCUCUUCCAAAUCGGCUUAUAUUUCGUUUGAAGAUGGGGAAUAAGAUUAAGGGUGUUAAGGAGAGUUUGGAUAGAAUUGCUGGAGAGAGAAGUUUUCACCUGACGGAGGGCUUGAUGGUGCCCGAAUCUCGUGCGGCGGAGGGAAGACAGACCAGUUCCUUCGUGAAUGAAUCCGAAAUUCUAAGGAAUGACGAGAAAGAAAGGAUAAUUAACAUGUUGCUCGAUGAUUUGAGCGAUCACGACGGUGUUUCGGUGUGUGCUAUAUGCGGCAUGGGGGGCCUCGGCAAGACUACACUCGCUAAAUUGGUGUACAAUGAUAAGAGGGUGGAGGGGCACUUCGAUUUAAGACUUUGGGUUUGCGUAUCUGAUGAUUUCGACAUAAAGAGACUGACAGGAGCGAUUGUAGAGUCCAUAGAAGGAGGCGCGUGCAAUAUCACAAACUUGGAUCCACUCCAGCGCCGCCUCCAAGAAAAACUUAGUGGCAGGAGAUAUUUGCUUGUCUUGGACGACGUGUGGAAUGAGUACCACGAGAAGUGGGAUAGACUAAAAGAUGUACUUAGGUGUGGAGCUAAAGGCAGUAAGGUUGUAGUGACAACAAGGAGUCAGAAAGUUGCUCAUAUUAUGGCUACACUUCCUGUGCACCUUAUGGUUGGUCUAUCGGAGGAUGAUUCUUGGUCCUUGUUUGAGCAACGAGCUUUUGACAAUCGAAGGAUGGAGGAAAACCAUGAGCUGUUUGAGAUUGGGAAGGCGAUAGUCAAAAAAUGCGGAGGGUUGCCCUUAGCGAUAAAAGCUCUAGGAAGCCUCAUGCAGUUUAAAAGCAGUGAAAGUGAGUGGUUAUUUGUGAGGGACAGUAAGAUUUGGGAUCUACCAUAUGAUGGAAGUACUAUCUUGCCUGCCCUAAGGUUGAGCUAUGACAAUUUACCUCCACACUUGAGGCAAUGUUUCGCUUAUUGUUGUAUAUUCCUUAAAGACAGUGUGAUGGAGAAAGACACUCUGAUUGAACUGUGGAUGGCAAAUGGUUUUAUUCCCUCUAAAGGAGAAACAACUUUGCAUGAUACGGGCCAUGAGAUUUUCAAUGACUUAGUUUGGAGGUCCUUCUUACAAGAUGUGGCGGAGAAUUUCGAUGGCAAAACAGUAUGUAAAAUGCACGAUCUUGUGCACGAUCUGGCGCUAUCUAUUAUGCAAUAUGAUUUACUAUAUGUUAUGGACUCCCAUAAGGAUCUGAAAGUUCCAGGAAAGGUUCGUCACUUGCUUCUUAACAUUUGCUCAGCAGGGGGAUUAACUUGGAAUGAGGCUGUGCUUGAAGUUCCAUCUCUACGGUCGUUUGUUUUACAUCCAACCAUUGGUUUUUCUUGGGAAGAAGUGUCUCCUUGGAUUGGGAAGAAGUGUCUCCUUGGAUUUCGAAACAGAAGUAUCUCAGGGUGUUGGAUUUGA